CCUGUAUUCACUCUCCCCUUUAUUGAUAUUUUCUUUUCUUUUUUAUAAAUAUAUACUUUUAUAUCAUUAUUAUUAUUAUUAUUAUUUUUACCUUUUAUUAUAAUGUCAGUUGUAAUGAAAUCUGGUCAGCCUGUUCAAACUACAGGGAAAAACUUGGUAGGUCUUUGGAGACCUUCAUUUGUUAAAGUAGACCAUAGAAUAUUUGUUUAUGGAGGUGGAGGAAAUGUGACAAAUGAUUUACACGUAUUAAACUUGAUAGAUAUGAAAUGGGAAACUCUUAAAACAGUAAAGGGGACUCCACCUUGUAAACGGUAUGGUCAUACAGCUUCACUAUGGAAUAAUUGUAUCAUUAUAUUUGGUGGAUGCAAUGAGUAUCAAGAGUAUUGUAACGAUGUUCAUCUAUUUAAUAUAGAAAAAAUGACAUGGUUUCAACCUGAAUUUAAUGGAAGCAUACCUGCACGAUACUUGCAUACUGCGUCUGUGUACGACGACAAGUUAUUUAUUUAUGGAGGAUUUGCAAAGAAUUCAGAUUGCACUUAUGUAUUAGAUGAAUUAAGUAUAUUAGAUUUAAAGACGUUUCAUUGGACAAAACAUCAUGGUAUUCCACCUCGUUAUAAUCAUUCAGCGACAUUAAUAGGACAUAAAAUGUAUAUCUAUGCUGGUAAAGAUGAACAUGGAAGUACAGUCUCUGAUUUAUUUGUAGUCAACUUGAACACUCCACCUUAUACACCUCAUCUUGUACUUUCAACAUCGAAUAAUUCACAAAUGGUUUUAUUGAAAAGUCAACAUUUUUGUGAAGCGAUAUGUGGAAAAUUAGUUAUCUUUGGACGAUACUUGAUUAAUAAUAAUACGAAUGAAUCAUCUUAUGGACUUUGGAUGCUUGAUUUAGAUACAUUUAUAUGGGACAGACAAGACUGUAAUGGUAUAUUUGAAGUAGGAGGAUGGAAUUAUUUUACUAUUUUACAAGAUAAUCAACAACAGCAACAAGUGAAUUUAAAUAAUUUAUUUUUCCUUGGUAAUACUGAUCCAUUUAGACCACAAGGAUAUGAUCAUUUUAGAGAUGCUUUAAUGAUUGAUAGUGAAACACUUGGUUUAUUUGAUAUACCUUCUUCUCUUCCUAUUUAUUCUGGUUUUUCUAAAUUAUUAAACAAUCCUGAAUUAUCUGACUUUAUCAUAGUCCCUGCUAAUGGUCAAUCAUUUUUUGUCCAUCGAGUCAUCCUGAUCACGCGCUGGCCGCAUUUCAGGAACAUGUACAAAUCAGGUAUGAUUGAAUCUCAACAAGGCCGUAUGGAAAUCCCUGAACCCUAUCAAGUCGUCUUUGCUUUCUUAAAAUAUUUGUAUAAUGAUCGACUUGACGAUACUGAGUCAUGUGACACAAUUUGCCAUCUUUUGAUUUUGGCCAAUAUGUAUCUCCUGAAUCGACUCAAGAAAUUAUGUUGCGAACGUCUCUAUGAGAAUCAUUUAUCAGUAGAAAAUUGUGGAAUCAUCUUUGAAAAGGCCAUAGCGUCAGAGGAGAUAGGACUAAAGACACUUGCAUUAAAUUUUAUGUUUCGUCAUUUAGGCCAAAUCUUGAAGACAGAUAUCUUGAUAGAGAUGUCACCUAUGGUCCGUAAAGAGUUCUUGGAUGCUGUACCUGAAGAUGCUGUAUUAGAUAUUCAUCAUCAUCAAUACCGUCAAAAUAAUUAUUCGCCCAAUAGUCUUAUGCAGAUGUCAUCAUCUAAACUAUCCUUUAAAGUCAACCAUGCACAUCCUAACUAUACCCUCUACAAUCAUAAUAAUACACUAAUAAGGAACAAUACAAACAGUAUUCAACAACAAAAUAACUCUAUUAUCACUACUACCACCACCACCACUACUACUACAAAUAAUAAUGAUAUACUUCCUUCUUCUUCUUCUACUACCCUUAAUCCUUCAAUAACUACUGUCGGUGUCUAAUCAUCUUCUUUUUUUACUACGCUUUUAUCAAUAAAUAUGAAUCUAAUUCCUUUUAUUAUUAUUUUAUUUCAUAUAAAUAUAUUCUUGAUAAGAAGGGGAAGGGGGGUAUAAUUUGUUUACCAACUGGCUUCUUCUGUUGUACUCAUUAGUAAGGAUGAAUAAACCUCUUUUUCUAUACUAUUACGUAACAUAGAUGGCUGUUCUUCUUCUUCUUCUUCAUAAUAAUGAUAUUGUUGUUGUUGUUGUGAUUCAAUUGAAUAUUCACUAUUAUUAUUACUACUACUACUACUGACAGAAGAGCCUAAAUGGUUUGA